AUGGUUGUCAUAGGGUUUCCUGUCACAUACACUCCACCAGAUACAGCACAGUGUACAGCUUAUUUUAGCGAUGGGGGUGAUCCUCCUGUGACUCAAUACCGGUAUGCUAGUGGUACAUAUCCCCUCUCUGCCUCACCCAUCAUCACCAUUCUUGAUGUGACAUGCACCUCCAUUGUGACAACCAUAGAGAGAAAUCACACUGUGGCAUUCAUGGGAGAUACACAAGGAUACCUACAUAAGGUUAAUAUUGUGAAUAGCUCAUUUGGCUACGUCUAUGAGACUGUCCCUCUUGGAAGUGGAUCUGUUUUACAAGACACGUUCCUUGAUGAAUCUACAGAGCAGAUAACAUUGGCCACAAGUUCAGACCAAGGCUCACAGGUCCUGACAUUGGAUUUGACAAACUGUACGCAAUACCAGACCUGUGAUGAAUGCAUUGGAGGCAAUGGAGGAAAUGACGGAGACCCUUACUGUGGAUGGUGUACUCUAGACGCAAGGUGCACAAGAUAUGAGGCAUGCCCCGAACGUGAUGAGUCGACUCGAUGGUUAUCUUACAAUGCUUUACAGUGUGUAUCCAUCUCAAAUGUCCAGCCAAACAGUCUGCCUUAUCAUCAGACACAACAAGAAAUUACCAUCACAGUCCAACAGCUCCCAGAUCUUAGGAGCAGUUUUCAAUACAAUUGUGCCUUUGACUCUCAUGAGGUCUCUGCUACAACUAUUGGUAAUACUGUCACCUGUACAUCCCCUCCUGAAUACGGCCUACCUUUAAUUCCAGAUGGAAUGUACUUUUUGAACUUGCCUCUGUCUGUUGUCUCAACUGAAACGAAUGUCGACUUUGUGACCACAGAUUUCUUCUUCUUUGACUGCAGUCACAUUAAAUCAUGUUCAUUUUGUGUUAUGACCCUCUUCCCAUGUGACUGGUGUGUUUAUGACAACAGAUGCACAGACGAUAGCAGCUCAUGUCAGACAGGAGAUACAGUUGUUAUUGGAGUAAAUAAUACUAAUGGUUCUGGAAACAAAGGACAGGGGUUUUGCCCUCAGCUGCUUGGAGCAACAGAAUCGUUUCUUAUACCAGUCAGUAUUCCUUCUGGUUUCUCACUAUCUGCAAAGAACCUUCCUAUAGAUCAGUCAAAGGACCCAGUAACAUAUGAGUGCAUCCUUGACAUUGAAGGAGAGGAAGUGAGAGUACCUAGUACCACUUUUAAUAAAACCUACAUUCUCUGCAAUGAUGAACAGUACAUGUACAAUGAAAAUAUUCUCGAGAAGAAUGUCAGUGUCUCUGUACAGUGGAAUGGACAGAACAGCAUAGAUGACCUGUCAGAAACGUAUGUCACCCUUUACAAGUGUUCAGUUAACAGUGGAAGUUGCAGUCAAUGCCUUUCCCAAGAAGCAACUUCAUCCAUCUUGAAGUGUGGUUGGUGUGGUGAUGACUGCAAUGUCAUGCAAAGUGCUGUUUGUCAGAACAACCAGUUUCUCCAUCAGAAUGAGAUGCAGAAAUGUUCAGCACCAGUGAUCACUGAUUUUGACCCCUUGUCAGGUCCUAUCAAUGGUCGUACAAGAUUAGAAAUCAUCGGAACCGACAUAGGAGUGGUAUUUGAUGAUGUACUUCAAAUUCUUAUUCACGACUUGGAGUGUGAUUUAACAGGCAUGGGCGAAUAUUACCAGCCAGGACAGAGGUAAUUAAUCUCAUAUUUACCCUUGUUUAUUACUUUUACUUCCAUUUUAU